AUGCCGUUCAUCAUUGAACACACCACCACGGCACCGUUCCACCCGCAGUCGAACGGGCAGGCGGAACGGUUUGUCGAUACCUUCAAAAGAGGUAUCAAGAAGAUUCGAGAAGGGGAAGGUCCGAUCCAGAAAGCAUUGGACCUGUUUCUGUUGAAGUACCGAAGUACUUCAAAUCCGGCAGUCUCGGGUGGAGUAUCACCGUCAGAAGCAUUGUUUGGACGUCGAAUCCGAUCCAACCUCGAAAUGUUACGGCCACCAGCAGAUCGUCAGCAUGCAGAACAAGAAAACCAGCAGAAACCCCGAAGAUUCAACAAGAAAGACCCAGUGUAUGUGAAGGUUUACAACCGGAACUCGUGGUCAUGGGCUCCAAGCUCAUUUAGUGCGGACGUUUACCGAGUGCUGAAGGACCAUUAA